UCUAUAUAUAGCCAAACAGCGCAGCACAUAAAACCAAAAACAAAACAAUAAUAGUAUGAGAAUUGAGGAGACCCUUCUCUCAGCAGCUUGAGAGAAAAAGAGAAGAACACAGAAGAAAAUAUACAUUUUUUAGAAACAGAGAGAGGGGUUGGAGAUCUUGUCAGAUCGGGACCAGAAACUCGUCAUGGGGAGGGAAGUUACUGGUGUAAAGGUGGAGAAGGUGAAGAAGAUUAACGGUGUUGUAGUGUCUGCAAAUGGUUUUUCUCAUGGUAAAGUUCAUGUUGCUCCCAAAAUUUCAGAGGAAAGCAUUGAAUCAAAGGAUUACAAGGUGAAGGACCGUAUCGAAGAAAACAAAGUUGUUGGGGAAUCUGUUGAGAAUCAAGAUGUGCUGGCUGUUAAGAGCACAAAUCUUGAUGAUGACUUGACUGAAGGCAAAAAUGAGAAACUCGGAACUCAGAAGUCGAGUGACAAUAAAAAUUCACGCUCACCUGCUUUAAAAUCCGUUGCUUUGGGAAAUGGGCAUUCAAAUAAGGCUGUUGGGGCUGAAACUGCCACUUCUGCAAAUUCCAGCAAUACAAAGUCUGCUGAUGCUACUAAGAGUUCACAGUCUCCUACAGCUACUGAGAGUUCUCAGUCUCCUACAGCUACUAAGAGUCCACAGGCUCCUACAGCUACUAAGAGUCCACAGUCUCCUAAUGCAGAGUCUCCUAAGAGUUCACAGCCAACUUCACCUCAGUCAUCAUCACGAAAGGGCCCGCAACCUGAUAAUAAGAAGCAUGCUGACGAAGAAGAUAAUUUGUCUGUUACUUCCUCAACUGCUGCAUCUGUGAGAACACCUAAAUUCAAGGUUACGGUUGGACAAGCUCCCUCGUUUAGAUGCUAUGAACGUGCAGAGAAAAGGAAGGAGUUCUACUCGAAGUUAGAGGAAAAGCACCAAGCUCUGGAGUCAGAGAGAAGCCAGUGGGAAGCCAGGGCCAAGGAAGAGCAAGAAGCAGCCAUCAAGGCGCUGAGGAAGAGCAUGGUGUUCAAAGCAAAUCCAGUACCUAAUUUCUAUUAUCAGGCGCCUCCUCCUAAGACUGAACUCAAGAAGCUUCCACUCACUCGGCCCAAGUCACCAAAACUAAACAGUCUCAGCCGGAGAAAGAGCUGUGGUGAUGCACUCAGCUCGUCUGCGGAGGAAAAAAGAAGAGUUUGUUCUCGGGAACAACGUCACAGCCUCGGUAGUCAGAAAGAAGAAAGCACUGCAUCCACGACUCCGAUAAAUAAGGCUCAGUCCGGUAGACGAAACAGCAUGGGCAGUUCCAAGGCCAAAGACCAAUUGAAACAGGAAAAGGAACCAACGGAAACAUCUCCUAAGAUCACUGAUGGACUUGAAAGCUUUUUCUAACUAAAAGUGGGAAAAAGGAUCUUUGAAUUUGGUGUUUUACAUUUGGAUGUACUGAAGAGAAAUAGCUUGUUUUUCUUUCCUCCACAAAUUGACUUGUUUACGUGGUUUGUGUUAUGGUGAAUUGUA